AUGAAGAUCGGACGGCGGCGCGCCCAACUACUCCUAUUUCUCUUCUCCGCCGUCGCCCUCUGCGAGGCAUCAGCCGCUGCUGAACCAGGCGACCUCUCUGCGGGCAAACUGGGUGACGUGGUUGUUGCAUCAGGAGGAACUGCUGUGAAAGCAUCUCCUGUGGGCACAGAACAUGCCCCAGUAGAUGGGAAAGAUGGAAUGCCACAUGAUGGCCCCUUUGUGGAGACAAAUGCAGAGAGAACGAGGAAGAAGACGCAGACUACAGGUGCUGAAGACGAGAUUCCGGUAGCAGAUCCAAAGUUCAAGGACUCCUACAAGGACCUCUCCACAGAUGGCGACCUGCCUCAGACAAACGAUGCCGUCAUGGACGAACGCGUCAAGUCAAAUCCCGUCGAAGGGACCAGAGGCGUGGAGGGAGGCAUAUCUGGGAAAUCUAAAGAACUCAAGAUCACCGAAAAGAGACCCGAUCCUCCCAAAGACGCAAGGCCUAUUCCGCACAGCGAAGUUGUCGGAAUGACAGAUGCCGUGGGCGGAGAAGCACUUGCUCCUGCUGAUGAGGAGACGAAGAAGACCCUCACGGUCCCAGAAGAUCUCCCCGACAAACCGCACGACAUCCCCCAUCCCGAGAACCCAUCCUCCCCCAAAGACACCAUCCUCUCUUCCGAAAGCACCACCGGCCAACAAGCCUCUGGUAAACCGAAGGAUCACGAACCUGCCGUCAUCUCACCCAUGCACUCGCUCCUGCUCUCCUUCACUAUGAUCAUCUUCUCCGAGAUUGGCGACAAGACAUUCCUCGUCGCAGCUCUCAUGGCCAUGCGCCACCCUAGAGUGGUGGUGUUCACGGCCGCCUUUUCCGCCCUCAUUACAAUGACUGUUCUAUCCGCCAUGCUGGGACACGCGGUUCCAACACUAAUACCUAAAACACUUACGAACUUUGCUGCCGCCGGGUUAUUCUUGGUAUUCGGCGUGAAGAUGCUGAUGGAAGCCCGCUCAAUGUCUCCGGACGAAGGCGUCAGUGAAGAGAUGAAGGAAGUGGAGAUGGAAUUGGAAGAGAAAGAACAUCAGCAGGCAAGGAGGAUGUCGAGACACCGAAGAAGAUCAUCCGCCAUAUCUCCCUACGCUCUCGAAGCGGGCCGCGGCCCUGGAGGGAGAAAGAACACAGACUCACGACUCCCCUCACCCCCGGAAUCUCCGGCGUCGUCACGCGACGUGUCCCCCGUGCGCCAAUCGUCCCUCCAAAACAUCCUGGGUGGAAUCAACAAUCUCUGUUCCCUCCUCCUCUCCCCGGCGUGGGUGCAGACUUUUGUCAUGACCUUUCUCGGAGAAUGGGGUGACCGCUCUCAGAUCGCGACCAUUGCCAUGGCCGCCGGUCAGGAUUACUGGUGGGUUACGGCUGGCGCGCUGGUCGGACAUGCUAUUUGUACGGGGGCCGCCGUGUUAGGAGGCAGGGCUAUUGCCGGGAGAGUCAGCUUGAGAACUGUUACCAUGGGCGGAGCAAUUGCAUUUUUGGUCUUUGGAGUGAUUUAUCUGCUUGAGGCCGUGUAUUAA